UUUGGAAUGUUUUAGAUUUUCAUGAUAAUAAUAAAUUGAGUUUUCUUAUUCACCACGUCAUAACGUGCGUGUAAAUCCAUAAAAUAAUCAUGGAUGAGCAUUUGGUUUCUGGAACAAAAAUUUUAGUUUCAGAAGGAAAUUAUUUUCUUCUUUCUAUCACCGUUGCUGUAUUAGCUGUUUUAAUCUCUCUAGUUAUAUUUUUAUUUAGCCGAAAAAGUUCUCGACAGUCAAUCUUGUUGAUUGGUUUAUCAGAAUCCGGUAAAACAACACUAUUUACUCAACUUGCAUACGAUUCAUUUGCUUCGACGGUGACUUCAAUGAAAGAGAAUGAAGCGCCUAUAACAUUGAAAAACAACAAAACAUUAGUGUUGUUCGAUCUUCCAGGAUUCGAUCGUUUGCGUAAUCAAUAUUGGGACAAAUUCAAAUUCCGUGCCAAAGGAAUUAUUUUCGUUGUUGAUAGUUUGAAUUUUAUGUCCAAUGUUCACAAUGUUGCUGAUUUAUUGUACCAGUUUCUUUGCGAUAGUUUUGUCGUUUCCAAUCGAAUACCGGUUUUGAUUGCCUGUACAAAACAAGACGAAACUCGUGCAAAAUCCGCUAAAGUUAUUUCGUCAAUGUUGGAAAAAGAAUUCAAUACCAUAAGAGAAACUCGCAUGGGAGCUUUGGAUACAACAUCAGGUGAUGAUAACAGUAUUCAAUUAUUGGGCAAUCCGGAUAAUCCAUUUAAAUUUGGUGAUCUACGAAAUUCGAUUGAUUUCGCCGAUUGUAGCUGUUGGAAAGAGCAGAAAAAUCUUGAUAACAUUUUUUCCUGGAUUAAUUCGAUCGCUUGAUUUAUUUCAUACUCGAUUUUAAAUUUAUUGAUUUAUGAAUAUUUUCUGUAUAAAAAUAAAAAUCAAGUAUCAAAAUAAAA